UUAGGUAGUUACUUAGUUUAGUUCAUAACUUCUCCCAUUUGACCUCAAAAGUCAAACCUCAUCUUCUUCCUUCUCAAACGCAUAUUUCUUAACAAAAUUAGCACUCUGAUUCACCAUAUACCUGUCUGUUCACCCCUUCUCUUUCUCAUCCAUUGUUUCCUCAUUUUCUCUUUCUUCCCUCACCAACCACCAUUCCUCAUUCCUCCCUUUUUUCCCUUUUGAUUAUUUUCCUCAGAAGGUUGGAUAAUGGGAGACCCAUUUGGUAAAUUUUAAACCUUUGGGAGUUUUUGGUACCUGGGUCGAUGGAAGAAUGGACUUUGAGAGGAAGGUGGUGGUGUUGGGUUUCAUUUGAUUAUGAUUUUUUGCUAUGACAUGGAAGGUUGGGUUUUGGAUUUAGGUUCAUUGCCUCCAACCAUUGUCAUCGAAUGCCGAUUCCAGCUGCGGUCGGCAUUCGAUUCCUCCUUCGUUCAGUCCCAACCUUUCUCCAUUCCAACCACGAACUAGGGCCCAUCCUGUAAGCACAAAUAAACAAAUACAAAAACAAGCAAUUUGUGUUUGGUUCUGUUUGUUUCAGCCACUAGAAUGAAUUCUGGUGCUGUCUUGGCAUUGCCUCCUGUAAGCAACGUGUUCAGGACAAGGGAACCUCAUGAUUUUGAGGAUGACUUUGUGGAGAAAGAUCCAACCGGCCGCUACAUAAGGAACAAUGAAAUCUUGGGUAGAGGUGCCUUCAAAACCGUUUAUAGGGGGUUUGAUGAAGUUGAUGGAAUAGAAGUUGCUUGGAACCAAGUUAAGAUUGAUGGCCUCAUGCAUUCAGUAGAUGAUCUUGCGAAAUUGUAUUCUGAAGUUAAUCUAUUAAAGUCUUUGAAACAUGAAAAUAUCAUUAAGUUCUAUGAUUCUUGGAUUGAUGAUAAGAAGAAAACUGUUAACAUGAUUACUGAACUCUUCACAUCAGGAAAUUUAAGGCAAUAUCGCAAGAAGCAUAAAUAUGUUGAAAUGAAAGCUAUAAAAGGUUGGGCCAGGCAGAUUCUUCAUGGCUUAGUAUAUCUUCACAGUCACAAGCCGCCCAUUAUUCACAGAGAUUUGAAAUGUGACAACAUCUUUGUGAAUGGAAACCAAGGUGAAGUUAAGAUAGGGGACCUUGGUUUAGCAAUUGUCAUGCAACAACCAACCGCCCAAAGUGUUAUUGGGACUCCUGAGUUUAUGGCUCCAGAACUAUAUGAAGAGGCAUACACUGAACUUGUUGACAUCUAUUCUUUUGGGAUGUGCAUAUUGGAGAUGGUUACUCUUGAAUAUCCCUAUAGUGAAUGCCAAAAUCCUGCUCAAAUCUUUAAGAAAGUUACCUCAGGCAUCAAACCUGCUUCCCUUAAUAAGGUGAGUGAUCCCCAACUUAAGGACUUUAUUGAGAAAUGUCUGGUUCCAGCAUCUGAGAGAUUGUCAGCAGAUGAGCUUCUUAAAGACCCAUUUCUACAAGUUGAGAAUCCAAAAGAUCCCAUCCUUUAUCCUUUACAACCUCCUAGCAGAACACUGAGAGCAUAUUCAUUCAAGUCUGGUUCUCUAUCUAUGGACAUGGAUUCUGACUACAAACCGUUUUCUAUGAGCAUUUAUUCUGAAAGCAACCAGGAAAACCCACAUUGUCCUAUUUUUGAAGUGCAGAGGACAUAUAAGAACAACAAGUUUAGGUUGAAAGGGACUAAAAAUGAUGUUAAUUCAGUAUCAUUGACCUUGCGAAUUGCUGAUACAUGUGCAGGUCGAGUCCGGAAUAUACAUUUUCUCUUUUACCCUGAUACAGAUACCGCAGUCUCUGUGGCCACAGAGAUGGUUGAACAUUUGGAGCUGGCAGAUCAUGAUGUAGAUUUCAUAGCCGAGCUUAUUGAUUACUUGAUAAUGAAACUUCUACCUUGGUGGAAGCCCUCACCAGAUCAUUGCUCAUGUGGAGAAUUAAGUCCUUAUUGUACAAAUAUAGAUGGCCAAACAUUAAUGGCAUGGCCGUGGGGUUCUGUCUCAACUAGUAUUCCCUCUGAAUUGGUUAUUGGUCAGGAUGGCUUCUCUGGGUCUGAUACAACUCCCAAAGAAGAUUUUGUGGUGUCUGAGAAUAGCAGUGUUUCCAAAAUUGCUAAUAAUGCUACUUUUGAGGGUGAUUGUAAUUCUUCUAGUCUGGUUAAAUUGGAAGAUCGAUAUUCACAAGGAUCUAGAGCUUCUGAGAUGAUUAUUGAAAAUACUUCUAUGAAAAAUGACAAUUGUCAUGAUUCCAAUGAUGAUUUAAGUUCUAAAUGCUUUAGUAGUUCCAUGUCUGAACUUAGGGAUGUAUAUUUUGAGGACUGUAAAUUGCAACAAACAGAGUAUUGUGUUGGGGAAGGAGUUGUGAUAAAUGAAUUCCCAAAGAACUCGGGGUCAGUUCUUGGAACAUCCAUUAAUGUUGAAAAUCUGGCAAGUAGCUGUUCUUAUGUGUCAUCAACAGAAGAGGACAUUGAUCUUGGGCUAAAGUUUAAACUUGAUGAAAUUGAGGCACACUAUCAGCAUUGGAUUGAUGAACUUAAUGAAAUGAUGCUGGAGGCAUUGGAAUCCACCAGACGGAGAUGGAUGGCCAAGAAGAAAUUGGCUGCUCAGUGAUUUUGAACUUGUUGAUUGACCUCUUUUUACCCUUGUCAAAAUUGUUUCAUUGUAAAGUUUGUGUUCUUAACGGCAAUUUGUGUAUUGGAUGUGGCUCUUUUUAGUGGAAGCGAGUAUCCUUACCCUCAACCUAUUUUUUCCAUGCUUUGGAGAUAUUUCUCAAUCUCUCAUUAGCAUAGCAUAAUGUAGGAGAAUGUGUCUCGAGAAAAUUUUAUAGUUCUAGAAGACGCAUUCUGAUGGGGACCCUUUGCUAUUUUAGUAUAUUGUUCAUCAUUACAG